AUGUCUCAACCUAUUAAUUAUAAUACUUAUUCAACAAUAGGUUAUAAUUAUCAUCAUCAUAAUGGUUGGGAAAAGCCAAAUUAUGAAACAUUUAAUUAUCAUCAAACUCCAUAUUCAAUUGGAACAAUGUCUUCAACAACCGGUGAUAUAACAAAUAAAUCUACUAAUACAUAUUCAUCAUCAUUCGAUCUAACAUCGAAUCUUAAUAAUUCAAAUUCAAGUUUAUAUAGACGUCAUACUGAAUCAACCUUGCCAACAUCGGCCUUGUUUCAUUCAUCCUCGUCGUCGUCGUCGUCCACAACUAAUUAUCCUUCACCGAAUCCAUUUAAUUACUCAAAUACAACGACACAUUAUCAUCCAUCAGAACUAUUUUUUGGAUGGAAUCAUGGUCCAUCACUAAUGCGUGCACAUAGUGCUUCAUAUCGAGAUUAUCCACAAUCAAAAUAUAUUCGAAUUUUAGCUUCAUUUCCAUCUUACAAUCCAAUUCAUUCUUCUACUUUACAAUCAACAACAAAUACGAAACCGUCGGAUAAUCGAUCAUCAAUUCGGACACAUACAGAACCGAUAAAUACACCUAUGAAUAGUAAUAAUUAUUCAUCGUUUCUUAAUAUUAUGCCACCACUACAUUUUCCGUUACCGUCACUACCACCAUCAUCAUCAUCGGCAUCAAUUUCUUCGAAACCCAAACAUCCUAUCUCGUCAACAAGAAAACGUCCUCGUUUAACUGCUCAACUUCGUAGCGAAAUUCUUAAACUUAAAGCUAGUAGACCAGCAGCUUUUGUUUGGGAAAUUCAACAAUCUCUAUUACAAAAUGAUAUCUGUACUCGUCAAACAUUACCACAUGCUACAGCUAUACAACGAAUUCUUAAUGAAUCUACGAAUUCAUUGAAUAUUAUUAAACAAGAACCGAAAUCCAAUGAUAAUAUAUUAACACAAAAAUCAUCGUCGUCAUUAACAAUCUGUUUAUCUCCAUCACAAUCUGAUAAUGAAUCUGCAUCUGAAUGUUCAAUUUGUCUUGAAACAUAUCGUAGUGGUCAAGAAGUUAGCAUAUUAUCAUGUUCACAUGAAUAUCAUUCAUCAUGUAUUAAAGAAUGGAUGAUAAAAAAUCGUUCAUGUCCAAUGUGUAGAAAAGAUAUUCAUAAUCAACCCCAAUUUGUUACUUUACUUAUUUGA